AUGACGAAUAGAACAGAAGAAGUUUUACAAAUUUAUGGUUCAGCCAUUGAGAAAAACCUGUAAAAUUUAGAUUAUUAUUAGAACUAUGUUAUGAAUUAUGUGUCAUUUUCAAGCUAAUACUUUAUAUGAAUAGAAAAGAUUUGAAGAAGCAUUAAUAAAUUAUGAUUUAGCAAUUUAGAAAAAUCCAGAAAAUUCAAAUAAUUUUAAUUGCAAAGGUAUAUAAUUCAAUAUUUGUUUAGCUAAGACUCUAGAUGAAAUGAAUAGAUUUGAAGAAGCAUUUAAAAAUUAUGAUUAACCAAUAUAAAAAAAUCCAGGAUAUUCUUACUAUUACUACAAAAAAGGUAGAGUUAAAUACAUUAUAAAUCUCAAGCUAUUACUUUGUAGAGAAGAUGAAUAGAUUAGAAUAGGCAUUACAAAAUUAAGAUUCAGGGAUUUUGAAAAAUCCAGAAAAUUCACAAUUUUUUCAUGGCAAAGGUAAAUUUUAAUAUUUGUAAUGUAACCAAAUACAUUAUUUUAAUUAAAGUUUCAUAAAAUUUUAGAAAAAAUGAAUAGAUUGAGAGAAGCAUUGAAUUAUUAUGAUUUAGCAAUUUAGAAGAAUCCAGAAAAUCCAAACAGUUAUAAUGGCAAAGGUAUAAUUGUUUAAUUAUAAUAUAAGCUAACAUAUUAGCGAAGAUGAAUAGAUUGGAAGAAGCAUUAAAUAAUUAUGAUUUAGCAAUUUAGAAAGACCCAGAAAAUUCAAGUCAUUUUAAUGGCAAAGGUGUUGAAUAUUUUGAUUUUUAGCUAUUACCUUACACAAAAUGAAUAGAUUUAAAGAAGCAUUAAUAAAUCACAAUGCAGCAAUAAUAAUAAUUCAACAUCCUCCUCCGAACAACUAGGCUCGACAGGAUUGUUAGGAACUCCCACUCGAAAUCUUACUCUCUUCCUUUAAUUGCUGA